AUGAUUCAGGAACUGAACCAUAAUAUUCAAAACUGUCAUGUACUCAAAAAUUCAAGAUUCAAAAGUCACGCACCUUUUCUUCCUCUUCCUCUUCCUCCUCCUUCCCAUAAUGGAAACCACAACAACAACAACAACAUCAGAGCCUCUCCUCUCUGCCCUCUUCCCGAAGAUGACGAGCUGACUGUCCCUCCCCCCUUCUCCCCUCCCUCCCCUUCCCCUUCCUUCAAAGAACGCAUCAUCUUCGGCCCUUCCCCUCCCCCUCCUGCAGCCGCCGCCAUCAUCACUUCGGCCGGAGAUCUCGAAUCCCCUCCUCUUCCCUCCACCGCCGCUGCCGCCUCCGACAGCGAUCUCCAAUUAUGGCUCUCCGACCCCUUCCUCUCCUCCAGACAGCACAAGUCGAGCCUCCACCGCUGCCGCACCGCCCCUGCCAUAUCCCCCAUCGACGGCGGCCACAAUUCAGAUUCGCAAUCAAGCUCUCAAUCCGACCACGGUCCCAAGGACCCGUCCUUGGUCCGCAACGCGUGCCUGCUGCUCUUCGGCUACCUCGCCUUCGGCGUCGUCGUCUACGCCGUCUGCCCGUCCAGCUUCUCCGGGCAGUCCACCCACCCCGUCGUCGACGCCUUCUACUUCUGCAUCGUGACGAUGUGCACCAUCGGCUACGGCGACAUCACGCCGGCCACGCCGCUCGCGAAGCUCUUCUCGAUCACGUUCGUCAUCGUCGGCUUCGGCUUCGUCGACAUCCUCCUCACGAUCAUGGUCGGCUACGUGCUCGACCUGCAGGAGUCGCUCCUCACCGCCGCCGCCCGGGACCGGGGGCGGGGACGUGACUACCUGAUCGACGUCAAGAAGGGGCGCGUCCGGAUCCGGACCAAGGUCGCGCUCGCGCUCGGCGUCGUCGUGCUCUGCGUCGGGGUCGGCGCCGCCGUGCUGCGCUUCGUCGAGCGCCUCGGCUGGCUCGACGCGUUCUACCUGGCCGUCAUGUCGGUCACCACCGUCGGCUACGGCGACCGCGCCUUCCGCACGCUGCCCGGCCGGCUGUUCGCCUCCGUCUGGCUGCUCGUGUCCACGCUCGCCGUCGCCCGCGCCUUCCUCUACCUCGCCGAGGCCAGGAUCGACAAGCGCCACCGCAUGAUCGCCAAGUGGGUGCUCUGCAGGGACAUGACCGUCUCCGAGUUCCUCGCUGCCGAUAUCGACCACAACGGCUUCGUCACUAAAUCAGAGUUUGUUAUAUACAAGCUCAAGGAGAUGGGAAAGGUUUCCGAGAAGGACAUCAGGCCGAUCUGCGACCAUUUCGAUCGACUGGACAGCGGAAAUUGCGGAAAAAUCACUCUCUCCGAUUUGCUCUCGAGUCAUCAUCACUAAGCAUCUCGAGGGAAUCGUGAUUCAGACAUCAUUAAAGCCACGAUUGCGGCGUCGCCCUCGGUGGGGAGGGUUUGAGCAAGUUAUAAUACCCAAAAUAUGUUUUUUUUCUCUCAAGGGUCCAAUGAGGACACUAGUUUUUGAAUUGCUUCCUUUUGGACUAUGUUGUGGUUUUUUGUUAAUAUAGAUGCACUUGUAAAUAGAAAAAAGAAAUGGUCUCUUAGUUGUAGCUUGUUGAAUCUACAUGAGCAUUCUUUAUUAAUUCAUUGGUGAUUCUUUUGGAUC